AUGUCGUUUGUUGCCCGUCUCAGGUCACCCGGGGUGCUCCGGCCUCUGUCUGCCGCGUCGAGAACUCAACUACGCUGCUACUCAUGCACAACUCCUCGACAAAGCCAGGAUACUUCUACAGCCUCCAAAGAUACAACGCCACUCGAUUCAAGAUGGUUUUCUAACCUCCAGGCGCGAAUCGAAAAGUUGAGAAGCUCCAAGUACCCACCCGAAUGUGUCUCGCAAGCCGGGAAACUCUACCAGCAUACCACAACAGACUGGAUCGAGCUUUUGGCAGGCAGAGAAGGCUUUCUUACUGAUAAGAGCUGGAGAGCUUUGGACCACUAUCCAUUGCUCUGGGGAGACAUGGAUAGCAUGGUAUGGUGUGUUUCAAGAGAUUCGUAUUCAAUGCCCGGCCACGAUAUGCUGACUGCUCUAGGCCAUGUAAACAACGUCAUGUAUAACAAAUACGUCGAAACGGCAAGGGUUCGAUUUGUUAAACACCAUGCAGAAGAUGCCACUACUGAGGAGGAACGGAGACAAUGGGAUGACCUACCCACACCGCGAAGCCUGGGCCUCAUUCUGAGGCGCAUCACAACCGAGUUUAAGCUUCCAUUGACGUUUCCCGAUCAUGUCACCGUCCUCUACAAGUUGUCUGAGCGCCCACGAUAUGAUUCUACCUCACUGCUGAUGGAAGGCUGGAUCUUAUCAGACCAGCAUCGCCGACUGGCUGCGAAAUGUAUCGAUGACACGGCCAUCUACGACUACACGACUAGCAAGAGAUCGGUCCUGAAGCCCUUCAUGGUUGAAAAGUUCCAAGAAACCUUUGACAGACAGAUGGAAUCUCAGAUCAAGUGCGACAAGGAUGCAAGGGAUGUAAUUGCGGCCGUUGAAGGCCUUGAGAGACAGUUUCAAUGA